AUGCGGUACUCGCGCUCUGAGCUAGAGCCCAUCAUAGACGAGUUGCGACUAGUAAUCGCGUCAGUCAUCAAGAACGAAGAGUUCGAGUGGGACUUGCUCGACGAGCAAGAUGAGCGCGACUGGGAGGUGAGACAAUUCGCAAACCCCUCAAUCCAGGUCGCAUCGGCUGAGUAUAUUUCCGAGUGUUUGUACAGAAUGCCCUGGGGGGUGAAGAUGCGUAUGGUAGCAGCAUGAACGUCUCAGCUACGAGGGAUGGGGGCAGCGAUGGACCCCCUCACGAUGACGUCGACCUGGUGCUUCCCGAGUACUCGCUCUGCCUCGCCCCCGAAGCCCACCUGAGAAUUCAGCACGCUUCUCCUUUAUCCUCAAACUUCAAACCCACCCUUCAUGCGCCCUCGGUAUCUCGGACCGAUCAUGACCGCCUCAGUCGCGAGCUGACGUCCCGGCUGGACGAGCUGAAUCGUCAAGGUUGGUGCUUUUCAUGCCGUGCUACAGGCUUCCUUUCGGGGCAAAACAGUGUCUGACAUUGCACGCAACAUAACCAAUACAUACAUAUAGGUGAAGAAUACCCCGUCUUCAAUCUGUUCACCUCGCUACGGGAGUCUCUCGCGUUAAACCCCCUGACCGAACCCACUCGGCCGUCCAGACCGGGCCAAGGCGUGGAUGGGCACCACGAGGACAAGUGCAUAGCUAUAAAGGAGCUUCGCAGCAAGUGCACGCUGCUGUGGAGUCAUCAUCUCUUGGCAACGGUUCGUCCAGGCUCGCCAGCGGCUUGCGAAGUGCACAGCUGAUCGAGUCGACCGAGACCGACCCUGCGCCUCGAUCAGGGGAAACGGAAAAAGAUCGUGCAAUGGUCAACCGAGCUCGGUCUAUGGGGCAUAAGCAAGCCAGGGUGGGUAGUUGAAUCGCGAUAGAACCUGCACGAGCUGAUACUGACCGCACAUACUUUUGCUGCUCGCUAGCUAUCCCGGCGUGAUUAUCGUGGAAGGACUCGAAGCCGACGCGGACGAGUUUGUCCAUCGCAUCAAGGUAAGGUGUUUCUCACCCCAUAAUGAUUCCGAGCCAUUAAAUGACCAUGCAGUGGGCGCACCCACCCACAUAGCAACUCAACUGGAAAGCUUUGCAAGUACGCUGCGAACACGUUUCCGACAUCUUGCCCACCCCUCCUCCCGAAGUUUCUGCACCGGGAAGACACGAAUGGCUCUUGCGGCAUCACGCGAGCUUGGCGCCAGUCCUGACGGAUGAAAUACGGGUCAAGGAAGUGGCUGGGAUGAAUGAAGUCGCCGAGCUGUAAGUGCUACCAAGGAUGACUGGCGUGGGCCCAGAAGUUGUCUGUCCUGACGUCACGUUGAGUCACGUGACUCUGCAGAAUGAAGCAAGCUGGCCUGGAACACGUUUUCAAAUCUGCGCUGAAGCUGUAG